AGUCGACGGCAGCAGUUGAUGAUGAUCUUCCUUCCGACCCGUACGAGCGUGACAGCAGCAGCGGGUGUUUGACAACUCUCUAUUUACCAGCACGUAUUAGCGCACCGCACACUCACACACACGCGCCACGCUUGCCCAAAGGUGUGCUGUCCAAGCAAUCAUCUCGCGUGUGCCGCGCCGGUUCGCCACUACGCAACUGGAGUUGUUGUGUUUUUUCAAUGUGUUUGAUGCUUGUGUGUGAGCAUUUUGUUUGGCGUGUUUCCCUGCACGACGUCAUCAGGGACGCGGAAUGUGAAUAGAGUGGUGUAGUGCGCUUCAUUUGCUUCGGUACGCCACACGGCAUAAGCAUUUUGCGCCGUUGCUUUUGGCCCCGCGUGUGUGAAUGCUGAUUGCGUAAAAAAGGCUAUAGUGUUACAAAAAAAAACAAAACAAAAGCGCAAAGAAAGUGAUAAAACAGAGGAGAGCAAAAAAACACACCAACCGCAGGCAGCAUUCCACAAAGAACUAGUGAAAGUGAAGCUCUCAUGAAUAAAUCGUAGCGUAAAGAUCCGUCGGGACAUCGCCAGAGAAGCAGCCGGAAAGAAGAAACAAAAAAAAACGUUCCUUCCAGCAUAACCUUUAAUCCUCGUGCACCCAGUCAGCACGAACCAAAGCAGGCGGUGACGGCGAAACUGAGCAACAUCAAUUUAUCAAAGCCAGCCCGAAGGGAGGCGAUUCGUUCAGUGCGCUCUAGCUGUACACCAUCGUUAUCAACAAGUUGAAAAGUUGGCUUUUUUGUGCAGUUCAUCAGUUCCUCGUAUUUUACACCAAUCUUUUCACACGCUCGUUUGCUUUAAUCCUGUUGUGUCGUGCGGUUUUCUCCCCCAAUUCCGUUGCGGCGUAUGAUGUAUCUAUUAGUUUGAACGAUAACAGAUCGAAUCCCACUCUUGGGGGCAUUCAGGCAGGGAAAGGAAGGUUAAAAAAUCGUGUCUUUUUACGCGUGAGAACGGGCAACACACGCUCGGUAGGGGAGGAAUUGAUUUUGUUACGCUUUUUUCCACAACGCAGCCGUUAUUGGCCCCACCAUCGCCAUACGCCGGGCGCGUCAACCGCAAAGUGGUGGCAAUUGGACAACAAUUGCAAUUCACCGCGCCAGAGACCCGGGCUACAGCCGCCGGCUAAACGACUGUUGUUGUUUUGGCGGCACCACUUUGGGAGACAGUUUGCAGUGAAGCAGCAUCAUCAUAGCAAGCGUUGCUUUUGCGUCGAUAAACAGAGCAUGGCCGCGAAGGGAGAGAAAGUGAUUCGAAGAAGCAAAAUGAAUAAGGUGUGGGUUGCCUUCGCCGUGUUCGGUGCAAUAUCCAUCCUGCCGCCCGCGUCCGGUCGCAUCGUUAAGCGCAGCUACUCGGAUCAAAGUGUGCGCGGCUAUCUGACGGAGCGUACCUGCUGGUGGAAUGAGGUGUGCAAGGAAGAAUUCCAGCAGCUGUUCCGAUGCCGCUGCCCACAGUGGUCGUACUGCAGAUCACCCGGUCGGUACUAUAACGCGUACUGCUCCAUGACAAACACGGGCUACAUCUGGACGCAACCGACGUGGGACUGGGAGACGGCUUAACCUCACCAGCAUCGGACGGCGAUGGCGGCGAUGGUGUGAUGUCUAUCCGCUGACGAGACGCCUCGAGACACACGCUGUCAUAACGAGCAGUGUGAAGGGCCGCUUCGGAGAGCAGCGCCUAUCGUUUGUUGAAUCUGGCUUUUGUAAGGAUUACCAGUAAUUAAAGUGUUAAUUAAAAUUGCAUCAGUUGAGCAUAGGUUGGCGCACCUUAGCAGGGGGCCGUUUUGCGGUUAGCUAAACUUUCCACAUUAUUCUUAAUCUGUUCAGUAGUAAAAGCAGUGUUUAUGUAAUUUUAUGUUAAGCUAGAAAAAAAACUCUUCAUUUUCAACACCAUGUAAAGCUUUACUCUGUAUCAAAGCAUGAUAAACAUGCAGACGCCAUAAGUGUGCAAAAACGGAAGGAAACAAAACCAACAUCAUCAAAACCACGCACUAGAAGACCAAACGUUUUAUAGACUUACAUUUUUACACCAAAAAAAAAAGACAUAAACAACAGCCACAAAAGCGACAUAAUCGAACCGAAACAAACAAACAACGGAAAUCAAAUUUACACUCAUCCGCAUAUCAGCGAACUGAAAUGUGUGUGUGUGUGUAUUUUAGCAUUUAGGGAACAACUAAUUUGGUAGAAACGCAUGUUUUGUAGCGAAUAGUGAUUAGAGAAUAGUGACCAAAAAGGGCACAACAAGUCCCUUAUAGUGAGCUUGGUGUGCUUUAUUUUAAAGCCAGUGUGACACACGUACACGAAAUGGUUGUAGAAGCAGCCGGGGAGGGGGGCGCACGCAAUUGUUUCCUUUUUGGCUGUAGGGGUGUUUUGGGGGUUUUAGAGGAGACAAACACGGAGCGUUAUGCAGCUAAACGGAGGAGAAAAUGUGUUGGUAUGAAUAAUAUACGCACAAUGGAAGCUCAAUGUUUUAUUGAUUUAAUUUAAAAAAGAAACCAACAGCAAGUGUGUUUUAAUGUUAUGCCGUUGAAUAAAAGUGCAGCGAAAUAGA